AUGGAUAGUAGUAAGUUUAAUGUGUUGAUGGAAAGAUAUGAAUUAGGAAGGUUAUUAGGUCAAGGAACAUUUGCAAAAGUUUAUUAUGGUAGAAGCAUACAGAACGGGCAGAGUGUAGCCAUUAAAGUGAUCGACAAGGAUAAAAUUUUGAAGGUGGGGAUCAUCAGCCAAAUAAAGAGGGAGAUAUCGAUUAUGAGGCUGGUCAGACAUCCUUAUAUCGUUCACCUAUAUGAAGUCAUGGCGACGAAAACUAAAAUCUAUUUUGUCAUGGAAUAUGCUAAAGGGGGCGAGCUCUUCAAUAAAGUGGCUAAAGGGAGAUUAAAGGAAGAUGCUGCAAGGAAAUAUUUUCAGCAGUUGAUAAAUGCAGUCGAUUUCUGCCAUAGCCGGGGUGUCUAUCACAGGGAUUUGAAACCCGAGAACAUAUUGUUGGAUGAGAAUGAAAAUCUGAAAAUUUCUGAUUUCGGCUUGAGCGCCCUUGCUGAGUCGAGGCGUCAAGAUGGCCUCCUUCACACCACAUGUGGGACGCCUGCUUAUGUAGCACCCGAAGUAAUUAGUAGGAAAGGUUAUGACGGUGCAAAAGCCGACACCUGGUCUUGUGGGGUGAUCCUAUUUGUUUUGCUUGCUGGCUAUCUUCCAUUUCAUGAUUCAAAUUUGAUGGAGAUGUAUAGAAAGAUUGGGAAAGCUGACUACAGAUGUCCCAGCUGGUUUCCUCCCGAAGCUCGGAAGCUGCUUUCAAGAAUUCUGGAUCCCAAUCCGAAUAGUAGGAUAUCCAUUGCAAAAAUCAAGGAGAAUUCUUGGUUCAAGCGGGGAUUAACUCUACCUUCCAUAGGUGAGUCUUCAAGUGAGAAGUGCCAUUGUAGCACCUCACAAGAAAACCAACAAGAUAUGACUAGACUUUCGAACCUCACUGCAUUCGAUAUCAUAUCCAUAUCAUCUGGAUUUGACUUAUCAAGUUUGUUUGAUGGGCCUCGCACGAGGAAAGAAGCUAGAUUUAUUUCCCGGAAACCAGCUCCGGCUAUAAUCUCAAAGCUUGAAGAACUUGCUAGACGGAUGAAGCUGAGGAUUAGCAAAUGGGAUGCCGGAUUGCUGAGGUUAGAAGGAUCGAAGGAAGGUAGAAAAGGGGUGUUAUGCAUUGAAGCUGAGAUCUUCGUGCUCACUCCUGCUGUCCAUUUGGUUGAAGUGAAGAAAACAAAUGGAGAUACGGUAGAGUAUCAGAAAAUACUCAAUGAGGGAUUGAAGCCCGGUCUUCGUGACAUUGCAUGGAGUUGGCAAGGUGAAGAAACACAACCUCAGCAGCAAUCCGAGGACAGACGAGCUUGAUCAACUACCCUGAUACUCUUUCUCGGCUAACAAGGAAUACGAAAUCCGUACCAGCCAGCAAAGCGGAGAAAGACUAACUACACUAGUCAACGUGUAUACGGCAAAACAUUUCAAUCAAUCACUAGUAGCAAUG